AAUGAUUAAAUCUUGACUGAUUCCAUGAUCAAAUCUUGACUGUUUGCCCAAGAUCCGUGAUCCAUGUCUAAUAUCAGGCCUGGUUUUUAAGCCUGAUAAAAGUUAUUUAAUUUAUAUUUGGAUUGGCUGUGAAUCUCCACGUGUAAGUUUAUGGUUGGCAUUAUGGCAGUUUCUAAGUCUGUCUCAAUGCUUCAUCUUCGAUGUCGAAUGCUUUCAAGCAGCUCUGUCACUUUUCAGUUCAGUGAUAUGAAUAGUAAACUGAAAUGGGGUGGACAUGGUGCAAGUGACCCUUAUCGCAAGAAGAGGACAAAGCGGAAGAAUGUCCGUGGGAAUAGCAAAAUGGAAAGGUUACCACUCAAAUCAGAAGAGCGGGCUGUGAGAGACUUACUUUAUCCUAUUAAUUUUCAGAAUUUAGAUCAAUUUAUUUCUAAAUAUGUUCCACCUGAAAAAUUUGCUCGUUUACCAAUUUACACACUCAUGGGUUUGCGUCAGCGCUUUGAAGGCAUUAAAGAGAGCCUGAAGAAUAUCCAUGGAAUUGCCACGGUGAAGAAAAGAUUGAGAAAGAUUGAUCCUCUAAAACCUAGUAAAUUUGCUCAGUGGGGACAAGAACAAUUUAUUGCUGUAAAUACAGCAAUUCAAAACAAAGACAAGGCAACACUAAAGAGCAUGACAACUGAAAGUGCUUCAGAGACUCUUAAAAACGAAUUCCAAAACAAGGUGUUUAAUUGGAAGUUUAUUAAAGAGAUUGAAAGACCAAGAAUCGUAUCUGUACGUGUUGCUCCACUUAUAGAAAAAGAUAAUCUGUUUGGUCAGUUAAUUGUAAGGCUACAUACACAGCAGAUAAUGGCAGUAUAUGACUUAGCUGGGAGAUUAGUUAAGGGUCAUCAUUCAAGACCCAAAAAUGUUAUAGACUAUGUGGUAUUUGAGAGAUCACUCUCUGCCACUAAUGCUCGAUGGAGGAUUUGUGGGAAAAUGCCACCACAGAUACGACCUAAUAGCGAAACCAUAAACAGUAAUGUUAAAUUAUAAUAAUAAAGCACUGUUGUAUAAAAAACGUAUUAUGUUAUGGUUCAUAGUUUGAUCACGUGAUAUCUUUGAAUUUAAAAUUAA